GAGCGAGCACGGGUUCGGUGAACGAGACGGUACGCUUGUGUUUAUGCAUUCGGCCCAAGGUAGAGUGCUCAGUACCGUAGUAUUCGUAUGCAGCAUCGGACGCAGUGAGGUUACCAUCGCAGUAGCAACAGCGGCUAGUGGCUAGGAAAGGGCAGCAGCAGCAGCAGCAUACGAUCGCCUCCGUCCGCAUGCAGGGGCUGUUGGAUACGUAGGACACUAAUAGUCAACCAUCGUCCAAGCAACACCAGCGCCUCCUUAGCAAACGCAGAGGAUGUACGAACAGUGAGACAUCUAACCACUGCCUGCUGCACCAGUGGUUUCUGUGCUUCCGCCUGUGCGUGUGUGUCUCUGCACGCGCAACAAGGACCCGGAGAGUCAGUACCCUCGUGUAAACGCCCGUCGUCUGUACGCGAGAUAUAUGCCCCGGCCAGAACACCCACAGCGUACGCACAGCGCAGUUUAAGAGACACUAGUUGUGACAUCAACAAACCCCCUGCAAACACUAGCUGCUAGCGCUUUUGCCAAGUAACCGAGGCGGAAUAUCGCUACACUCUGUUACAAAAAAAAAAAAAAAAAAAAAGAAAAGCGUAACCCACUUCCAGACCCAAUCAACCAUCAACCGCGCAUACUCACGGAAAGCAAUCGUUCGAUUCAGCGUUUCAAAAUUUCGGCAAACCCGUCUGCUCCAACAUGUCGUCCAGCUGCUGCGGCACAAAGAAACAGAAGCUUAACGGUAACUACGCGUCGGCCAACGGAUACUGUACGUCCACGAACAACGCGGGCGGCCGGCCAAGCAACGGUGUCGCGGAGGGUGCGCAGAACAACCACAGCUACUACGGCCGUGGUUCGGGGGGAGGCGCCGGUCAACAGCAGCAGCAGCAGCAGCAGCAUCAACAGUCAUCCUCCUCAUCAUCGUCGUCAUCGUCUGGCUCUUCGACGGGGGGCUACAAUGGCUAUCUGAUGAACGGGCACGGCAACCAUCUGCCGCCGGGGCAAUCGUCGAUGAUCGGUUCGAUGCCGGAGAUGUGCUUCUACUGCUUCGAGGUGCUGUACCGCGAGCUGCACAACCUAGAGGAACCACGCACACCGUGCUUUACCAACGAUCCAUACCCACUGUUCGUGACAUGGAAAAUAGGCAAGGACAAACGGCUGCGGGGCUGUAUCGGUACCUUCAGCGCAAUGCGUUUACAUUCAGGACUGCGCGAGUAUGCAAUAACAAGUGCUUUAAGAGACUCCCGUUUCUCGCCAAUCACCCGUGAUGAGAUCCAAAGACUGACCGUCUCGGUGUCAAUCCUGCAAGGCUUCGAGGAGGCACGUGGUUACCUGGACUGGACGCUCGGCAUACACGGCAUCCGGAUUGAGUUCUACAACGAGCGUGGUUCCAAACGCACCGCGACCUACUUGCCACAGGUUGCUACGGAGCAAGGCUGGGACCAAACGCAGACGAUCGAUUCGCUGCUCCGGAAGGGUGGGUACCGUGCCCAGAUCACACCGGAGACGCGCCGCUCGAUCAAGCUAACCCGCUACACCUCACAGGAGUGUCAAAUGUCGUACAACGAGUAUCGCGAUCUGCUCGAGAAACAAUCUCACUACCACGGCCAGCUGUGUAAGAUGCAAUGCUAACAUCAUCAUCGCCCCGUUCGGCAACCGGAUGCAGACACGGCGCUUGCCAUUACCUACCACCAUCCUGUUACUAUUGAACCUUACCGGACGUACGGGCACACGGUGUUUGUCUGCGUGCCGUGGGCAAAUCCGUGGCUCUACACGCAUCCGUUCUUCGUGUUGUUUGCCAAUCGAUUCGUUUUCUUUAAAUAAUUACCCUUCACGUUAACAUUAGCCGCCAACCGGGUACAGCUAAGUUAGUCGACGGUUGGGUCACACGGAUGCGCUCUCGGUCCGCUUCAAUGUAUCGUUUCCCGUCCCCUCCACCCGGGGGAACGUUUACCAGUUGGUGAUACCCAUUACAAAAACUCUAGCUCAAGCAUCCUGGCCCGACCGUCGGUGACAACUUUCGCGUACCGUUUGCACCAGCAUUCACACCUGCUUGCACACGGCCACAAUAAUCGCUUUUUGGUCAUUGGCCCACCAGCGUUUGAUCGAUGCGAUAAGGUUGUGGCCGCGUCGUCCUUAGCGCGUUAAACUUACCACCAACCCGGACGUUGUGGCCUAACGAUGCCGAACGAUCGUUUAAACGGGCGGUUUGAACGAAACAGCUUAACAAACCGGAACCGCAGGCCGAUGCGUUAACGUGCGUUAUAGGCUAAGCAGUGCGCUACCCGCAUACCAUCUCUCUGUAGCGAAUGCGAAAUGUACAACUAAUGUUAAAAUACUACCGUCGCGCUUGUUUGUUUUCGGAACCCUCGCUUCUACGCGCGGGUUACGGUUGAAGCAAACCUCUGUAACACAAAAAAACCCAAAACCCCAUUAUCCUUUACGCUUAUCCGCGCAAACGAUGGUUCGCUCGGUGCGUAGGCGAUGCAGCGACCCGGUUUGCAUACUUCUUGAAAGGUGAAUUUUAGUUAUAAGUUGCAACGCGUUUUUAAUAUUUUUGCUUUAAUAUUUACCUGCUCUUUAUCAUCCGCCGUUGGCUACACUCAAACCACUCACACAAAAGGGGAAACUCGAAAGAAUUUUUUUAAACACCCCUCUUGUGCUUAAAUCGUAAGCGAGACAACGGAUUGUUAAUGUAGACAAGUAGACCGGCAAGGUUUAACAACUAUUUGUUUGUCUAUCUAAGAUAUGAGGCAUAGGUGUAAGAAUAAUCGAUCAUAAUCGUUAACGCUGACAAAUAAUGCUAACAGCCGUAUGCCGGUGAUAUGUGUGAGAGAGAGAGAGAGAGAGAGCGAAUAGGGCGCGCUAGCGCUAGCGUGUGGCAAUAUUAUUACCGCCUGCUGCCGAUAGUGUGCUGGGUGUAAUGCUCAUCUUCUUUGGCCAGCUACAUACCUCAGGGGAAGCCUCUUGGGCGCGCCAUUUCCAGCCAACACACGUGCUCUGGAUAUCGAGGUCUGCCCUCGCGGUACACCAUCCAGGCGCAUGUGCAUAUGGGGCGCCCCGUGUAAUGGCGGCAAUGGACGGGAUAAGCAAAGCAGCCAGCCACAAAACAAAGUAAGUACCAUAGACAACCAGAGCCCACUCUAUAAACCAACCAACCUUCGUUAAUUGAUAAGCAAACUAAGCAUAUAAAACUAGCAAGGCGAAACCAAGCAAAGGAAAUACAAAAUAUCAUCACAAAUGCAAUGCAAUGUUAACGUAAGCAUGACGUAACAAACAAACAAACAAACAAAAAAAGAUGUUAUACUAUUAGACAUAUGUUUAUAUUUUUCUUCCUCUAAAUAGGAUGCGAUGAACUUAAGCAAAAUCAGAAGAACGCGUGUGAAAUAACAGUAAGAGAGAGAGAGAGAGCGAGAGAGAUACAGAUAAAAACAAACAACAACAAAACAAGCAGGUGAUAAUGUGAUUGCACUUCACUGCCACAUUACUUUAAACUAACGACGGGGGAUGCGGGGAGGGGGGGGGGUUGAAAGGGGAGGCAAUUUCGAACGCAUCGCAAGGAAGUCCGUGCAUCGGAUGCAGUGCGCCAACAACAACGAUCGGUGUGCAGAUGCGCUUACGCGUGUGUGUGUGUGUGUAUGCUGCCCGUGGUGGUGUGCGUGCGCGUGGUCCGGUGCGCCACGUUUCUUGUGGAUGGCCCGUGCAAAAAUCCCGCAGAAAAUUCGAUUAAUUCCAAUAAACAGUGUGGAGAACGGUGUUGUUUUAAUAAAAAUAGAUUCUAAAACCCAA